CCUCACUCUUCGCGCUCAAAUCCGCCCUCCCUCCCUCACUCUUCAUGCUGGAAACCCUAGCCGCCGGGCCAUGGUGACAGACGGCGACAACGACGACGGUGGCUACCUUGACGACGGCGGUAUGGUGUUACUCCCCCAUCUCUUCUCCGACUCUUUCUCUGAUCCCCCGUCUCUCGUCGUCUCUGUAGGUGCGGCCAGCAGCAGAAGCACCACCAUGCCCUCCCUUCCUCCAACCCUAGCGAUCCGGCCAUGUUGGCGGCGGCCAGAUCUGCACCGGGACAGGACCUGCUUGUGCUCUUGAGGAGAGGCACGCCAUGGAGCAGCUCGUCAAGGACAGCCAACACAUUUUUUUCUCUUGGCCGACUUGCUGCUUGCAUACAUGACAGAUAUGCAUCCAUGGUGAAGUUACUAUAUAAGUAUAGGGUCAAGCACUGCCCCGACAUACAUCCUAUUUUGAGUUUUUCCUCAAAGUCCCAUGGCCAUGUUGCUGGUAGAGUUGGAAGCACCGCCCUUGAUUUUGAAAUUGGAGAAGGAAGAUGGAUAACAGAGUUCAGUACAGUAAGGAUGCUCUACAAUAUAGGAAUCCAGACAAGGACGAUGAGCAAUACACGACCCCACGGCCGAGCCGAUGACCAACCACCAGGGAAGUGGACAUGUGGAUAAGGGAUGGAGCAGCAACGUUGAUUGGUUGCACGGAGCUACAGUCAACCUGAUGUGGUGUUUUAAUCUCCUUGACAUAGAGAGUAGUUGUGUGUAGUUUCCUUUCGAGUAGCAUAGUUGGAGUUUAGCAUGUGUGCGUAGAGCUGAUGGUCGUGAGGCUAAUUCCGGGAGUAGUACAUGACUGGAAGAGGCCCAGCUAGAUGUGAUACUUUGUGAUGGUUUAAUCUACUUUGUGAUCUCAUAUGCAACACUUUGUGAUACCCUAUGAUAUAUAUAUGGACAUUUGCUACGGUUUGUUUUGUUUCUA